AUGUCUGAGUUAUGCCUCGCAGCAGCACAAACCCAAGAAGGCGGUGCUGUCUUUGCUGCGCUCCUUAGGGACCCCACACCAACAAACCACAGUAAGGGGGGCCCCCAGGGGGGCCCCCCUGAAGCCUGUGGGGGCGCUGGGGGGGGCCCCCAGGGGGGCCCCCCUGAAGCCUGCGGGGGCGCUGCCUUUCCUUCUGUUGAGGAAGUGCAGCAAUGCUUGUGUGGUGCAGCAGGAAGUGCUGGAAAUGAUAUUUUUGCUGCUGCUCGGUGUCUCUUUCUUGCUGCUCACGCGCAGCGACACAGCGGAGAUGCGCUACGGCUAUCUGUCUGUCUCCAAGCCCUUAUUGCUGCUCUAGGGGGGAAAGCGUUGCCUGAUGCUGCUGCAGCCCCAGGGGUGCAUGCAACAGCAGCAGCAGCAGCAGCAGCAGGCGAGCCUUGCACCGACCCCCAGGAGAAAAGAGAAAGCUGCGAAUCCGAGAGGCAAGAAGAGAGACAGAGAGAAGCAGCGCCAGAGACAGAGCCCACGAACGCAGCUGUCUCCCCAGGUGUCUCCUCAGGUGUCUCUUCAGGUGUCUCCCCAGGUGUAUCUGCAGCUCUAGCAAUAUCUGUGGCCACUGUUUCUCGGGUGGCGCAUUUAGAGACCCCCGACCCAUCUGCGGUGUAUCCUCAGCUCUUGCAGCUGUACAGACAGCUCGAGAGUUUGCUGCUAAAAGGGGGGGGGCCCCACGGGGGCCCCCAAUGGAAUGCGCUGCUCGCCUUAGGCACGCUGGUGCCUGUGCUGUUAGAAGGAGGUGUACUGUCUCUUGAUGAUGUAUUAUUUUUCUUGCAAUGCUUGGAGGAGUUGCUGCUGCAGAAUGCCCCUGAAUUGCAUUCUUUUGCUUCUUUGGGGCUGGCGGGGCUGGCGCACCUUGUGCAUGCGUUGCUGCCGCUGCUGCUGAUGCUGCUGCAGCUGCUGCAGCGACAGCAACAGCAACAGCAGCACCAACAGCAGCAACACCAGCAGCAGCGACUCACUCUCCCCCGCAUGCAGCAGCAAGUCGCCGAGCUGCAGCGGCUGCUGCUGCACUUCGAGAGCCUUCAGCAGCGAUUCACUCUCCCCCGCAUGCAGCAGCAAGUCGCCGAGCUGCAGAGGCUGCUGCUGCACUUCGAGAGCCUUGUAAGCCGCUCGCUUGCAGCUCAGGCUGUGGGGCCCCUAGCGAAGUUUUCACGUGCAUUUGCUGCUGCUGCUCUACUGGGGGCCCCCUUCUUGCUGCUGCCACCUUCGCGUGCUGCAGCAGCACAGCGCAGCGCAGGAGUCUCCUGCCUCACUUCUGUCUCCCUAGCCUUGGGGGGCUCCCUCGAGGCAGAUACCCGCCUGCUGCAGCAGCAACAGCAGCAGCAGCAGCAGGCUGGGAGGCAUGCACAGGGCAAGCAGCAACAGCAGCAGCAGGACCCAUCGAGUGCUGCCUUGGAGAAACUGAUAGACUGGCUCUACGGGGGGGGCCGCAGCAGCAGCAGCAGCAGCAGCAGCGGUAGCAGCAGCGGCUCUGUUGUCUCCUUUGGAGUGCCCCACGCAUCAAAGGUGCGGCAGCAGAGAUGCCCUGAUGCAGCAGCAAGCUUAGUGUUAAGUUUGGUGUACAUACACCUCAGCAACCACACAGCAGAAGGCUCUUUAGUAAGUCUACCGGAGAAGAGUUUGACGAGACUGGCGCUGCAGCACCUGCUGCAGGUGAGAGAGGGAGAAGAACUGCUGCUGCCAGAGGCGCAACUGCCCCUGCAGCAGCAGCAGCAGCAGCAGCAGCAGCAGCAGCAGCAGCAGGAGGCGGAGGAAGAAGAGCAGCAGGAUCUUCAUCUAUUGGAAUUAUCAGCAGCGCAGCAGCAGCUUGUUGCUGCAAUGGAUUGCGUGUGUCUCCUCAGCAGCCAGAGGGCCUCAAGAGAAGGAGCAGCAGCAACAGCAGCAAACUCUCUUCCUGUGCUGCACUUUGUCUGUCUCCUUGAGGGCCUCUCUCAUAGGGGUCUCCCUCCUUUCUUAGAGAUGCAGCUAAGCCGGAGAUUGACGCUGCUCUUCGCCAAAGCUUUAGAAGCAGCAGGGGGGGCCCUUGCUGAGCUUGCUGCUGCUAAGGCUAGCAGCAGGCAGCAGCAAGCAGCUGCUGCUCGUGCUGCUGCUGCUGCUGCUGCUGCUGGGGCUCAUGAUGGUGGGGGGAGUGGAUUUGCUGUUGGUGCUGCCGUUGCGGGGACGGCGGGGAAGGCUGCGCAUGCGCAGCAGCAGCAGCAGCAGCGGCUGCUGCAGCAGCUGCAAGCUUGCUCUGCUUUGCAGCUUAGCAUUCUGCGUUUUUGCUGCAGACACUGCGAUCGCCUGCCGCAGUUGGCGUCUCUUGUUGUGGGGUUUGCGCAUGCAGGCUUCGGCCUUGCUGCUGCUGCUGCUCACCGCCAGCAGCAGCAGCAGCAGCAGCAGCAGCAGCAGUAUCCGGUUCAUCGAUGGCGUCGGUUUAGUAUUGCAAUGGUCUGUUAUUUCUUCGCGUUGCUGCCUGCUGCAGCAGGCGCACUGUCUCCCCGGCAGCUGUCUUCGCUGCUAGGAAUUCUGCUGCUGCGGGGUUUGCUGCUGCCUCGCGCGGAGCCGCUGCUGUGGUGCUGCUAUCUUAAUUGCAUGCGCCGCAUAUUUGAUGCUACAAGACAGGGGCUCUGCUGCAGCGGGAGAGAGACGCAGCAGCGCAAGCGCUGGGAGCAGCAGCAGCAGCAGCAGCAGCAGCAGAGACGCAGCUGCUUCUCUCUUGUUGAGGGAGAAGCCCCCUCUUAUAUAUUUGCUUCAGUCUCUAUGAAGCUGCUUUUCUUUAGAGAGCUGCAGCAACUCAUGCUGCUGUGGGUGCUACCCUUAUUGUCAGGCACAGCAUCUUCCACCUCUUCUGCUGAACCAGCAGCAGCAGCAGCAACACCAGCAGCAGGAGCAGCAGCAGCAGCUGCUGCUGCUCGACACGUCCCGUUCGCUGUGUGGGGUGCAGCAGCAGAAGCUCUUGAGGCAUUUUUGCUGCUGCGUCGGGAUUGCAUGCGAAUUCAGGAGAUUUUAAAUGAAGAAGAAAUUAAUUCUUUACCUACUGCUGUGCUGCAGCAGGAACGGCGGCAGCAGCUGCAGCUGCAGCAGCAGCAGCAAACCCGUGAGCUCAACGAGCAGCUAGUAAAGAUGCCUGCAUGCGUUGUCGUUUAUAUGGUUCUUUCAGGGGCUGCCCCUGUAGAUCUGCUGCAUCAUAAAAGAAGGAUGCUGCUUACAGAGGAAGACCCCACAGCAGCAGCAACAGCAACAGCAGCAGCAGCAGCAGCAGCAGGAAAAGCUCCGGAGACAGCAGAAGAUCACUUAGCUGCUGAAGUUGUGGCGUUUUGUCAGGCCUGUGUUUGGCUUCCUCUUAAAGUGCAAGUCGAAACCCUUGAGGCAUUCGCCUGCAGCAGCAGCAGCAGCAGCAACAGCAGCAGCAGCAGCAGAGUGGGGGGCAUGCGCGUCUCUGCAUCACGUUCCUUCCUGGGUUUCGUUACCCUUGCUGCAUAUAUGUUGGCUCCGCAUGCAGCUUUGCUGCUGCUGCCUCGCCUCUCAGACGCAGAGCGCUUCAUGAUGCCUUGCUGCUGGGAAGCAGACAGCUACAGCAGCAGCAGCAGCAGCAGCAGUAGUAGAGGUAGUAGUAGUAGUAGUAGCACUCGCGCGCAUGCUGCAUGCAACACCAAGGCUUCUUCCGCAGCUAAUAGGGAGCCUGUUUGCAGCUGUCAUGGGCUUCAGGGCAGCAGCAGCAGCAGCAGCAGCAGCAGCAGGCCCCGUUCCUUGUUGUCUUCGUCUCCUGCACUGUCUCUUUGUGGGGAGUUUGCUGCCUUUCCAUGCUGCUGCUGGGAUGCAGUAGAACGCGAAGAUUCGCUUUAUGCUGCAGCAGCAGAGCCGAAGUGUAUGUACACCUCACAGCAAGGCAUCAAGCACCUGAUCGAGCUGCACCACCGCUGGCUUUGCUUCGCCGCCCGCAGCAGCAGCAACAGCAGCAGCAGCUACGAGCAGCAUGAGUGUUGCUGCUGCUCGCCGAGCUGCUGGUUAGGAAGGCAGCACCCGUUGUUGCAGCUGGUGGUUGGUAGUGCAGCAGCAGGUGCAGCAGCAGCAGGUGCAACAGCAGCAGCUUCAGCAGCAGCAGGUGCAGCAGCAGCAAGUGCAGCAGAUUCGUGCUUUGUCCCUUGUCUGCAGCCGCUGCUGCUGCUGCAUGCAGCAGUAACAGGGCCCCGCAGUUUUUAUUGUUUGUCUGUCUCACCAAACUUAUUUUAUCUUUCUUCUCUUAAGCCCCGCACGCUUCAAGAGAGCAGCAACUCUUAUGCAGCAGCAGGGUGUAUCUCUGCUGCUACUGCUGCUUCUGGAGAUGAGAGUGGGGGUCAGCAGGAGCAGCAGCAGCGCAGCAGCAGCAGCAGCAAACAGCGUGGGCAGCAAGAUGUUUGCUGCUUCAGCAAUGACCUCGCGCAGCAAGUGGAGGCAAAUAAACAAAAAACAAAAAAAAUAAUAUUUGGGGAGAAGUGCAGAGAAGAGUUUGUGUUAGAACGCCGAGACAACUUGCUGCGUCAGGCUCACUUGCCUAGCCACUUGCUGCUGCACUUACCCUCUUCAAGCAGCAGCAGCAGCAGCAGCUGCAGCAGCAGCAGCAGGAACGGUGCCACUGCUCAAGUGCUGUUUGCUGCAGCGGAUGCCCUAGCCCCAUCAGUGGUGCGUCUGCUCUAUGAGGAGGCAGAGAGGCGAAGACAAAGCAGCAGCAGCAGCAGCAGCUUCGGAGCAGGACAUACAGCAGAAGGCAGCGUAGAGGGGCCCCUCAGCUCUCUAUCUAAUCGCAUGCUAAUCCUAGCAAACAGACUGCAGAGACUUCUCUAUGAAGCUCAACUCAGUAGAGAGGCAGCAACUUGGGGUGUACGCUGA